UCUUUUUUCAGAUAACUUUUGUCUGAUUAGUCCAUUUUUGACGCUAGGCAUCAGCAAACUACAAAACAGUCGACUUCAUCAUCAGUCCACUCACUCCACUCUGUGACUAAUUUUGCAUGUCCUCCUUUUAACUCCACGUGACUCAUUUCUUCUAUAACAAUAUGACUUGUGUCUCUCUCAAAGUUUACUCUAUGGCGCCAACUUAACAAAACAAAACAUAACAUACAUCUUCGGCAUUUUAGCAUAAAGAUAUCAUUUUGCGGGGGAUUAAUGCAUUUAGCAAAUCAAAAACUCAUAUCAAGAGAAUGGGGCAAAAGUACUACAUCUCAUUGAUACUCAAGUUGCAUCUUCUACUUGUUUUGAUGCAGCUUGUUGAUUCAGGAUCUACCAUCAGAUUUCUUCCUGGUUUCCAAGGCCCUCUUCCUUGCGAGCUCGAAACCGGGUACAUUGGUGUGGGUGAGGCAGAGGAAGAUCAAAUGUUCUACUACUUCAUCAAAUCUGAGAGCAAUCCAGAAGAAGACCCUCUUCUUCUCUGGCUAAGUGGAGGACCUGGAUGCUCUUCUUUUUCUGGUCUUGUGUAUGAGAAUGGGCCUCUUGCUUUCAAGGUUGAGGCCUACAAUGGAAGUAUCCCCUCCUUAGUCUCUACUACAUAUUCAUGGACUAAGGUGGCGAGCAUUAUCUAUUUGGAUCAGCCUGCUGGGACUGGCUUCUCCUACUCGAAAAAUUCACUUGCUGAUAUACCAAAUGACAAAGGAGCAGCUAAGAGUGUUCAUGAGUUUGUUUGUAAGUGUUUGUUUGGUUUUGUUGUGCGGCUAGCCAAAUAUCCUGAGUUCUUAUCCAAUCCGUUCUUUGUCACCGGAAAUUCUUAUUCCGGCAUAAUCAUUCCAAUCAUCGUUCAAGAAAUCUCAAAUGGAAAUCUUUUAGGCAAGAAGCCUCCAAUAAAUCUUCAGGGCUAUUUACUCGGAAACCCGGUAACUGACUUUAAUCUUGAUCAUAACUCUCGCAUUCCAUUUGCUCAUGACAUGGCACUGAUCUCUGAUGAACACUAUGAGUCUCUGAAGAGAAGUUGUGAGGGGAAUUAUUGUAAUGUGGAUCCUCUUAACACAAAAUGCUUGAAAUUUGUUGAACACUUUGAAAAGUGUGUUUCUAAAAUAAGUAAAGCACAUAUUUUAAAACCUGUGUGCAAGGAGACAAAUCAGCAUUUGCUAUCUUCCUAUUGGGCAAAUGACAAAAGCGUGCGCAAAGCUCUUCAAGUGUACAAGGGUAGUAUAAGGGAAUGGUUACGAUGGCCAUAUCAUAAGAAUACUAGCAUCAAAGGGUAUCGGUCUCUCAUCUUCAGUGGUGAUCACGACAUGGUAGUACCUUUCCUUGCAACUCAAGCAUGGAUCAGAUAUCUCAACUAUUCUAUUAUUGAUGAUUGGAGGCCAUGGAUGAUUCAGAAUCAAGUUGCUGGAUACACGAGGACUUAUGCGAAUAAGAUGACAUUUGCCACUAUUAAAGCAAGUGUUUUAUAUAUGAAAAGCUUUAACUAGGUACAUAUGUUUACUGUAUUAUAUAUGAA